ACGGUCGGGUCGCCGCCGCCGUCCGGGCGAGAAGGCUGCUGCCAGGGGGCGCCGCCGGCGCGGGUCGGGCCGCCCGGCCGGCCGGCCGCGCCGCUAUGCCAGGCGGUGACGGCGGAGUUCAGCGCCAGUGUGCGCCGGACGGCCGACAGCGGUGGUUGGAGCGUCCAGCGCCGGACUUUGUGCGCGUGCCAACGUGCUGAUUGAGAGUUCACUCCGAACUGCGAUAGAGCACCGACGGAGAGGCGGCACGCCAGCGCCGACCGCCGAGAGGAACCCAGGACACACACGCACGCAGACUGACGGAAGAGCAGCAUGGACGGAAGGGACAAGGCACGCAGCUCUCCCAGCAAGGCGUGGACCUCACGAGAGGGAACGCCUCUGCGCUCGCUGCCCGGUUUCACAGUACCGACGGUGGAGACGGCGCCGUCGGGCCGGCCGUCGUUCUACCUGAGCCACCCGCAGCUAGAGAGCGCCCAGUCGUGGUUCGCCGCCGGACCGCGCUCGGCACGAGACUAUGACGCCGAGAGCGGCGGCGCUAGCUCGGGCAGCGAGGACGCCGACUCCAUCUCGUCAUCCACCGGAGGACUGUUCACAACCAUCAGCGUGCCGACGCCGAAGCAGCCGAUGAAGAAGUCACUCAGUCCGACGCCGUCCUUCACGUACAUUGACGCUAAGGCGGCAAUGGCGGCGCGCAAGCAGACCGUCAGCUGCUGUGCCUCAAAGUCCGUGCUCAAGAUCACGCUAACGUUCUGCGUGUCCUUCCUCCUGGGCAUGAUUCUCACCGUCAUCUAUAUGGAAGUGUAUCUGUGGCGGAGGAGAUGAAGCGCUGGCGGUUUGCCUGCCGUCUAGCGCGCCCACUCCGCCGCGCCGGAGCCCACGCGGACCCAGUCCGCGACACCGACACCGCCGCCGGCCGGCCACCCAGGCGCCACCGCAGCCAGCCGGGGCGCACCGACGGGCAUCGACACAGCCGACUCGACGACCACGCACGAGCUAUUUAUUGAGGGCGCUCGCGUGCGACAGAGGGACGAGCCACUCGCCGCCGAGCGAGGCGACCCGUGGAUGGCCACACACUGCGUGUCUAUAUAUUCAUCCCGUGAUCAGUGGUAAUGCGAACUGGGACGGACAGCGUGUGCAUCCCGGCGUAAGUGCGUCGAGAUGAGACUGUAUGUGUAAGUAACGACCUGAGCUUGCUCGCAUUUUCUCCGAGUGUAUGCGGUCGAUGUAAAUAAAUCACUCAUAUCU